CAAUGGGCCAACAACCAUCCGCACCCCGUCCAGGCACGCAGCUCCAAGUGAUCGGCGGGGGCCUCUCCCGCACAGGAACUGCCUCUUUCAGCGCCGCCCUGGAGAUCCUCCUCGACGGGCCCAUCUAUCACGGCGGCACCCAAACCACCAUGGGUCCGCCCAUCGAGAUGAAAUCCUGGAUCGAGAUCCUGCGCGUCUGGCUCGCCGGCGACCGCUCCACAGCUCUUUCUCUCAUGCGGCGUCGCACCGAGGGCUACGCCGCCAUCACAGACUCGCCUGCCUCGCACUUCGUCCCGGAACUAAUCGAGCUGUAUCCUGAGGCCAAAGUCAUUGUGACCGUGCGCGACAGAGAUGCAUGGGUUAAAAGCAUGGCGCAGAUCAGCUCGUUGGCUACGAUGUGGUUUUUGAGGGGGGUGUUGUUGCCGUUGCCUGGAAUGCGCCACUUCGUCACAUACAUCGAAUGUCUCCAAGCACAGUGGGACACUCGCUACGAUGGCUGUCGAGAUAAUACUUGGAUUUAUGAUCGUCAUAUUGAGUGGUUGAAGGAGGUUGUUCCCGCUGAUCGUUUGGUUUUCUUUAAUGUCAAGGAAGGCUGGGAGCCGCUUUGUCGCGCGCUGGGGAAGGAGGUUCCUAAGGAUAUUCCGUUUCCGAGAGUUAACGACUCCCAGGCAAUCAACCGGGUGGCUGAGUAUCAUAUCAAGCGUGGGUUGCUGCGUUGGGCAGUGGCUUUUGCUGUUGUGGGUGUGCUUGGGGGAUGGUGGUUUUUGGGGUGAUGCCUUGUGAGGUUUGUUGUGAAU